AUGGAGGAUAUUGAAUCCAUGAGACAGGAGCUGCCUGAGAGGAUCCAUGCGAAAGACCGCAAGGACGGAAACACACUUCAUCCCCCCUCCCCCACCCCAUUAUCGUUUCAAGGACGGCUACCAGUGACGAGGGGACUUGGGGCAAGAUCGCGUCGCGAAGAUCCCAGCGACACCGAAGAUCUCCAAGGAAGUACACCAACUCUUUCUUGGGUCUUUAUACUUUAUAUUUUAAUAAGAAGUCAUAAUCAAAUAAAGGCAUAUCAAGCCAAAUUGCGUCGCGAAGAUAUUAAGAAUCCAUACCACCUCGUUCAAAGCCUACCCGAAUCCAUGCCACGUCGUCCAAACACCACAAGGUCACCAUCGCCGUGCCACCCUCCACAGAUUACCAGGUACGCACUCCCCUUCCGUAAUUCCGCUAACGAUAUCCAGAACAUCGAUGCUGUCCUCCUGCAUCUCAAUCCGUACACGAGUAGCCGAGCAGCACCAGCACGCACGCAAUCCAGAGACUCCCAACCUGCUCAAAUUCUACCCUUCCAUCUAACGACCUACUACACCUACCGGUACAAGGGACCCCCGCUAAUACCCUUUGUUGUAGCGUGCUCCGCUCCCAAGACUCCAGGCCAUCCCGAGGCAAGUCCAUCCACAUCCACAUCCCCAUACCCCCCUUCUUUCCCUCUCCAUCUGCUAACCCAGCACCGGAGAGGAGGAGGUCCACCACCACCACCACAGACAGACAGACAGACAGACAGCCAAGAACCAGCGGCCGACCCGGUGUUCUCGUCUUCGGAUUGA